AUGACGGCCGAUCCCUGCAGGCACAGCCCAAAGGCUCGUCCGGAGCCCCCGGGAGAGGAUGUCCCUGCCGACAGCGGCGGCGGGCAGAUGCGCAGCGCCGCGGGAUUGUUUCGGACACGGCGCCGGUUUAGCGGCUCGCGGGGACGCCCCCGGCUGCCCCACAAUGGGGGCAAUGCCGAGAGACCCCAACAGAGCCGGGGGACAAAGGGCCCCGGAUUUGUCGGGGUCCCACGGCGCAAACCAUGCGAUGGGGACAGAGCUGUGCUGCGGCGCGGCAGGGACGAUGUGAGCUGCUCGUUCUUCUCCCCAGGACAGAGUCCCAGCACCAUGGAGGACCUGCUGGAUGUGGAGAACAAGCGGAUGGCCGACAGCCUGGCCAGCAAGGUCACCAGGCUGAAGUCGCUGGCUCUGGAUAUUGACAAGGAUGCUGAGGAACAGAACCGCUACCUGGAUGGCAUGGACUCGGAUUUCCUGAGCGUGACGGGGCUGCUGACGGGCAGCGUGAAGCGCUUCUCCGGCAUGGCGCGCUCCGGCCGGGACAACCGCCGGCUGCUCCUCGCCGUGUCCGCGGCUCUCAUCCUCAUCUUCUUCAUCCUCUACUACCUGGUGUCCCGGGCAGGCACCUGAGCCCGGCCUGGGGGUGGCACAGGGCCCCGUGGCACAGGCCGGACCCCACCAUCCACAGACCUGUCCACACGUUUUCCAGAGGAGCCUCCGGCCGCAGCUCCGCCUUCCCAGUGACUUCUCCUCCCUCCAGCUCCUCGUUGUUGCUGGGCCCAGAAGCUCUUCCAAAACAAGUUUGGCUCCAAAGGGAUCUUCAUGUCGAACGUGAUUCUGGGGUCGUGGCUCAGGCCGUGACCUCCUGCCUUGUCCACAUCCCGUGGGCUGUUUCUAAGGGCCACUUCCACAUCACCUCCCUCUCUGAAAACCAGGAACUAACACAUCCAGGGACUUGUGGAGACUCUAUAACCCAGCUGAGCUGUAGGAUUUAGGAUGCUGAUUUGUGGGGUUUGGGAGUACCAAUGUGUGGCCUACAUGCCCCGUGGCCGCUCUCCAUUUCCCUGGGACUCGCAGAUCAUAUCCCUGGGCUGAAAGGAAACCUGUGCUGUGCUGCUUUAGGAUGGAAUUAGCAUGGAUCUGGGCCUGGAUACUCUCAGAUUGUGGCAAAGAAGGGAUGCAGGGGAGCAGGACUUUCAUUAAAUCCUGGCUCAGUUGUCUUUAUCAUCCUUGUGGGCAAACCAGGCUGGACCCUGUGAGAAAGGAGGGCCACAGUCCAUAACCACAUGGAUUUGUACGUGUGUGGAAUCUUCCAGAGCCUUCCCACACAUGUGCAAAUUAGGGUGAAGAAAUCUGGUGGCAGAAGGUCCAGUGAGUUGUGAUUACUGUGGCACCCUGGUUUUAGAGCACUUUGGGGAGAUGCUGUGCCAAUAAAGCAGAGGUUGAGGUGACGUGGAAUUCCCCCUGCAGUGCUGUUGGAAUGGGGGGAAAUCGAGGAGGGAUUUCCUGAUUUGUUUAUGAAUUUAGAAGAUACAAAAAAAAAAA